AUGAAGUGCUUGUGGUUAUUUGUGAUCUUUCUGUGUUUUACGUGCGAGGCCGCCAACAAGCCUCGGAGAGGACGAGGCAGCAUGUGGUGGGGUAUAGCCAAAGCAGGAGAGCCAAAUAAUCUAUCACCGAUAUCACCUGGAGUCCUGUAUAUGGACCCAGCAGUUCACGCAACUCUGAGGCGGAAGCAGAGAAGGCUAGCAAGAGAGAAUCCUGGCGUUUUAUCUGCAGUUGCCAAAGGCGCCAGCAUGGCUGUGGCGGAAUGCCAGCACCAGUUCAAAUACAGAAGAUGGAACUGUUCUACAAGAAAUUUCCUUAGAGGGAAAAACUUGUUUGGCAAAAUCGUUGACAGAGGUUGCCGAGAAACAGCAUUCAUCUACGCAAUCACAAGCGCUGGAGUAACACACGCAGUUUCGCGCGCAUGCGCAGAAGGAUCCAUAGAAUCGUGCACGUGUGACUAUUCGCAUAUUGACCGCUUGCCGCACCGAACCCGCGCUGCUGCCGCUGCCAAUGUGCGCGUUUGGAAGUGGGGCGGAUGCAGUGACAAUAUUGGCUUCGGUUUCCGAUUCAGCAGAGAGUUUGUUGAUACGGGUGAACGGGGCAAGACUCUCAGAGAAAAAAUGAAUCUACACAAUAACGAAGCUGGCAGAGCACAUGUGCAAACGGAGAUGCGGCAGGAGUGCAAGUGUCACGGCAUGUCUGGUUCGUGCACCGUCAAGACCUGCUGGAUGAGGCUGCCCAGUUUUCGCUCUGUCGGUGACGCGUUGAAGGACCGCUUCGAUGGCGCUUCUCGGGUCAUGAUGCCAAACACAGACCUGGAAGUUCCGGCCCAACGCAACGACGCAGUACCGCACAGGGUGCCUCGAAGAGACAGAUAUAGGUUCCAGCUCCGGCCUCAUAAUCCAGACCAUAAAUCACCGGGAGCUAAAGAUCUUGUCUAUUUGGAAUCUUCACCAGGAUUCUGCGAAAAGAAUCCUAGACUAGGUAUUCCCGGAACCCUUCCAAGCAUUGUAGGUAACCAGAAAAAAUACCUUGCUGGCAGACAACCUGUCUUCUCAUCGUACGCACAGAGUAUACUGCAAGGCGAUAGGAGUCCUAUACUAAGGUCUAUUCGAACCGGUUUGGACUCAAAAUCAGGAUUUGAUCUAAAUGAUGAAGAACGCCAAAAGUUUAAAAUUUGGGAUAAAGGAGAGAUUCCAUUUUAUAUAGAUAUACCCUCGUUUUCUGAUAAGUCUGUACGCGACAGAAUUCGUUGGUUCCUCAAUGAAGUGAAUAUCAUCACCAAACUUAACUUCAUAGAGCUGCCGCGACCACCAGUAGAUUACGAUGAAAAACGAUGGGUUUAUUUCUUAAACCGCCAAUCAUACUUAGGUUGUCAUGAUGUUUCUAUGUCAAACUUUACUUUGAGAGGAGUACAGCGGGUUGUCCUAGGAUAUGAUUGUUUAGCGACAAGGGCAGGUCUUCCUGAGAUUGUAUUGGCAUUAGCUGGGGUACCACCACAGCACAAUGCUCCAAAUCGAGAUAAAUAUAUCGAAGUUGUGGAAGAAAACAUAAUACCAGAAAAAAAGUAUCUUUAUCAAAAAUUGGGUGACCAGGACUGGCUCUUUCACGACCUUCGCUACGAUUUUGAAAGUGCUGGUCAUUUUCAUCAACACAAAAAUUCUGUUAGCGGAGGUGCUACCAUUAAAAUAAAGUCCGGAGAUUAUAUUGGUGUACAGGAUGGCUUUAGCGAGAUUGAUAUUUUUAAAAUAAAUUUGCUUUACACCUACAUAGUAAAGAAAAGCAAGACUUAUAUGCCAGUAUGUAAAAAACUUUUUGCAGCAGUUGAAGAUUCAGACAGACUGCCUCAAUCGAUUGAAGAUUUAAAGCCUAUUCCAAAAUCCAAUAAAUAUCUUGGUAUCGCGAAUGCAGAAACGACAGAUAACAGUGAUGAGACAAAUGAAGAAAAUUCUGAUAGUAAUGUAGAUACAAAUAAAAGUGAUAAAAAUAAAAAAAGUGAUAAUAAAACUGGUGAAAAUUUAAGCAGUGAAAAUAAAAAAGGAGAAAAUUUAAGCAGUGAAAAUAAAAGCGGUGAAACUAACAGUUAUCUAAAAGGUAAUAAAAUAGGCGAAAAUAAAAGUUACCUAAAAGGUAGUAAUCCCAGUAAAUCCAACGAGAAACAUACGUCCAAACUACGUUUGAAUUUGAAGGAUUCUUUGAUUUGA